CAAUGGAGCAGCAAUACAACAGGCGGUACGGAGCACAGAGAAGGAUGUUCAGAGUUGGCGAAUUUGUAUCUGCAGCGGCUAUUCAGGGACGGCGGAUCAGCUGGAUACCAGGACGCAUCGUGCGACGUCGGGGGCGGGUGAUGUACGAUGUUCAAGUCGGUGCGCAGGUAUGGAGACGUCACGCAAAUCAGCUGAAACCGCGGUGUACACUGGAAGGUGAUGUUCAGAAUGCCAACAGAUUUGAUGUUAAUGAGUUGCUUGACAAUGGCAAACCAAGUGCUUCUUCACGCCGAGAAUCUCAACCAAGGGAAUGCCCGGAACAAGAAGGUCGGAACAGACCCCAACGAACAAGAAAAUUUGUACAGCCGUUUCAAGUGGACCCGCGUCGGAAAAGCUAUGUUCCGUACAGGUAACUAACUUUUUUUU